AUGAUCAAGAUUCUGUUGGGCUCAUUGCUGGUCGCUGUUAUUGCUGUUCUUUACACGCCGGUGAGCAUGUUCCUCACUGUUGGUGGUGCACUAAAAACACACUCCAAUAUCAAUACUGCCACUUGUCGUAAUGUUCAUGAUCCCUUGUUGGUUGGCUGCGAAAAUGGACAGUUGCAUCCGGAAUCUGGCAUUAUUUAUUAUGCUUGUGCAAUCCACUUGGAUGAGAGAGAUGCCUGGUUUCCACCUACUGACCAUAUGAACAAAUCUCUCGCUUCUCAUGGUGGUAUCAUUGCUUUUGACACAAAGACGGAAACCGCUGUACAACUCGAAUUCGACUCGGCUGCCGUGGAGGGUUUUGCUCCACAUGGAUUGGGAAUCUAUUUUGAUUCCACGGAUCCACAAGCUGUCUACAUUCAUGCUGUAAACCAUCGUCAUUCUGGCUCAGUGGUCGAGAUUUUCAAACAUAUUCUUGGCGCGACGACUCUGGAGCACAUUGAAACUGCUCACAAUCCUGAAAUCCUAUACAAUCCAAACGAUGUUCAUUCAGUUGGGCCACGAUCCUUUUAUGCCUCCAAUGACCGUGGGUCUCGAUCCUACUUUGCAAAAAUAUCCGAAACCUUGCUUGCUCUCAAAUGGGGUCAUGUUGUAUAUUAUCACGAUGGCAAGUGGUCGAUUGCAGCCAAAAAUAUGGCAUUUCCAAAUGGUGUUUCUGGAUCAAAGGAUUCCGUGCAUAUCUAUGUUGUCUCUGUUGGUGAUGCUUCCCUUUCGAUAUUUAAACGCCGUACCAAUGGCUCACUUAAACUUGUGGAUUUUGUCAAGUUGCCCGCCAUUCCUGACAAUAUUGCAGUGGAUCCCAAAACUGAGGAAAUUUAUAUCGGGGCGAUUGGAAAUGCUUUAAAAUGGCUUUACUAUGUUACUGAUCAUACUAUUGCUAUUCCUGGAAAUGUGCUCAAGAUUUCACCAAAUGAAGGCACAGACAAAUUCUAUGGAAAAAAGUACAAUAUCGAAGCAAUGCUGGAGACGGAUGGAACACAAUACUCGAGUUUUACAAGUGCUAUUCCAGAUCCCACCACACACAAACUGUUUCUUGCUGGAUUAUACGAACAUGGUCUUUUUGUUUGCAACAAGAUGGUUUGA